AGGAAGAGCUCAGCCUUUUUUGCACCAGCCCCAGUGCCUGCCUGCAGCCCUAGCCCUGCCCGGCUCCCACUUGGAUGCAUUGAUUGCUAGAGAGAGAGGUAAAGGAGGGGAGGACAGCAAAGAAAGAAAGGAAAAAAGGGGGACACACAUUUGGUUGCCCAGAUUUUUUUUUUCCUGGGGGGUGAUUUUUUCCCCCUUUCCCUCGGAGUGUCUGAGAAGGGGGGAGGCGCCCGCCGAGAGGUGGUUUUUUUUGGGGGGCCAUCAUGGGAUGUACACUGAGCGCAGAGGAGAGAGCCGCCUUGGAGAGGAGCAAAGCGAUCGAGAAAAACCUCAAGGAGGAUGGGAUCACCGCCGCCAAAGACGUGAAAUUACUCUUGCUAGGGGCUGGAGAAUCUGGGAAAAGCACCAUUGUGAAGCAGAUGAAGAUCAUUCAUGAAGAUGGUUUCUCCGGAGAAGACGUGAAGCAGUACAAGCCUGUGGUCUAUAGCAACACUAUUCAGUCACUGGCAGCUAUCGUCCGUGCCAUGGAUACCUUGGGCAUUGAAUACGGUGAUAAGGAGCGAAGGGCUGAUGCUAAGAUGGUCUGUGAUGUAGUAAGUCGAAUGGAGGACACAGAGCCCUUCUCUCCAGAGCUGCUGUCAGCUAUGAUGAGACUCUGGGCAGAUUCUGGAAUCCAGGAGUGCUUCAACCGGUCCCGGGAAUAUCAACUUAAUGACUCUGCCCAAUACUACCUAGACAGCUUAGAUCGAAUCGGAGCUCCAGACUACCAGCCAACAGAGCAGGAUAUACUUCGAACCAGGGUCAAAACAACUGGCAUUGUAGAAACCCAUUUCACAUUCAAAAACCUCCACUUCAGGCUGUUCGAUGUGGGAGGUCAGAGGUCAGAACGUAAGAAAUGGAUCCACUGCUUUGAGGACGUCACAGCGAUCAUUUUUUGUGUUGCGCUGAGUGGUUACGAUCAGGUGCUCCAUGAAGACGAAACCACGAACCGCAUGCAUGAGUCUCUCAUGCUCUUCGACUCCAUCUGUAACAACAAAUUCUUCAUUGAUACCUCCAUCAUUCUCUUCCUCAACAAGAAAGACCUAUUUGCCGAGAAGAUCAAGAAAUCAGCCCUGACCAUCUGCUUCCCUGAAUAUACAGGCCCUAACACUUAUGAGGAUGCAGCGGCAUAUAUCCAAGCACAAUUUGAAAGCAAAAACCGCUCCCCCAACAAGGAGAUUUACUGUCACAUGACUUGUGCGACGGACACGAACAACAUCCAGGUGGUCUUCGACGCUGUCACCGAUAUCAUCAUUGCCAACAACCUCCGAGGCUGUGGCUUGUACUGACACCUUCUCGUCCUGUAUAGCAAAGCAACUCCUUUGACCACUUCACCGACUCUCCUGUUGGCGUUCUCCUUACUGGUAGCAUGACCUUUUGGCCUUUUGCAUAAGACACAGCCUUCCUUACUGGGUCAAUGUAUAAUGUUCUGAACAUGGAAUGAUGGCUGUGUGUUUCCGUAGACUGCUGUAGAUCUGGUUUUAGCUGAGUCUUUACAUUUAGAAGCUAAAAGAUUAAAAAAGAAGAAAAAAAAAAGAAAAA